AUGCCUGCCCCCGGCGCCCUCAUCCUCCUCGCGGCCGUCUCCGCCUCCGGCUGCCUGGCGUCCCCGGCCCACCCCGAUGGAUUCGCCCUGGGCCGGGCCCCUCUGGCUCCUCCCUACGCCGUGGUCCUCAUUUCCUGCUCCGGCCUGCUUGCCUUCAUCUUUCUCCUCCUCACCUGUCUGUGUUGCAAACGGGGUGAUGUCGGCUUCAAGGAGUUUGAGAACCCUGAAGGGGAGGAUUGCUCCGGGGAGUACACUCCCCCGGCCGAGGAGACCUCCUCCUCACAGUCGCUGCCUGAUGUCUACAUUCUCCCGCUGGCUGAGGUCUCCCUGCCGAUGCCUGCCCCGCAGCCCUCCCACUCAGGUAUGCCCCCCCCCCUGGGCCUUAGCCGUCAGCACCUCAGCUACUUACAAGAGAUUGGGAGUGGCUGGUUUGGGAAGGUGAUCCUGGGAGAGAUUUUCUCCGACUACACCCCAGCCCAGGUGGUGGUGAAGGAGCUCCGAGCCAGCGCAGGCCCCCUGGAGCAGCGCAAGUUCAUCUCCGAAGCACAGCCCUACAGGAGCCUGCAGCACCCCAACGUCCUCCAGUGCCUGGGCGUCUGUGUGGAGACACUGCCCUUUCUGCUGAUUAUGGAGUUCUGUCAACUGGGGGACCUGAAACGUUACCUCCGGGCCCAGCGGCCCCCUGAGGGCCUGUCCCCCGAGCUGCCCCCUCGAGACCUGCGGACGCUGCAGAGGAUGGGCCUGGAGAUCGCCCGCGGGCUGGCACAUCUCCACUCCCACAACUACGUGCACAGCGACUUGGCCCUGCGCAACUGCCUGCUGACCUCCGACCUCACCGUGCGCAUCGGAGACUAUGGGCUAGCCCACAGCAACUACAAGGAGGACUACUACCUGACCCCGGAGCGCCUGUGGAUCCCGCUGCGCUGGGCGGCGCCCGAGCUCCUUGGGGAGCUGCAUGGGACCUUCAUGGUGGUGGACCAGAGCCGCGAGAGCAACAUCUGGUCCCUGGGGGUGACCCUGUGGGAGCUCUUUGAGUUUGGGGCACAGCCCUACCGCCAUCUGUCCGACGAGGAGGUCCUCGCCUUCGUGGUCCGCCAGCAGCACGUCAAGCUGGCCCGGCCGAGGCUCAAGCUGCCCUAUGCGGACUACUGGUACGAUAUCCUGCAGUCCUGCUGGAGGCCACCUGCCCAGCGCCCUUCGGCUUCUGAUCUCCAACUGCAGCUCACCUACCUGCUCUCUGAGCGUCCCCCACGGCCCCCGCCCCCGCCUCCCCCACCCCGAGACGGUCCCUUCCCCUGGCCCUGGCCCCCGCAGCACAGCGUGCCCCGCCCAGGGACCCUCUCCUCUCCAUUCCCCCUUCUGGAUGGCUUCCCUGGGGCUGACCCCGACGAUGUGCUCACGGUCACUGAGAGCAGCCGUGGCCUCAACCUUGAGUGCCUGUGGGAGAAGGCGCGGCGGGGGGCCGGCCGCGGUGGGGGGGCGCCCCCUUGGCAGCCGGCAUCCGCGCCCCCGGCCCCCCAUGCCAACCCCUCCAACCCUUUCUAUGAGGCGCUGUCCACGCCCAGCGUGCUGCCGGUCAUCAGCGCCCGCAGCCCCUCGGUGAGCAGCGAGUACUACAUCCGCCUGGAGGAGCACGGCUCCCCGCCUGAGCCCCUCUUCCCCAAUGACUGGGACCCCCUGGACCCAGGAGUGCCUGCCCCCCAGGCCUCCCAGGCCCCUUCCGAGGUCCCCCAGCUGGUGUCCGAGACCUGGGCCUCCCCCCUCUUCCCUGCAGCUCGGCCCUUCCCAGCCCAGUCCUCGGCAUCAGGCAGCUUCCUCCUGAGCGGCUGGGACCCCGAGGGCCGAGGUGCCGGGGAGACCCUGGCGGGAGACCCUGCCGAGGUGCUGGGGGAGCGGGGUACCGCCCCGUGGGCAGAAGAGGAGGAAGAGGAGGAGGAGGGCAGCUCCCCGGGGGAAGACAGCAGCAGCCUUGGGGGUGGCCCCAGCCGCCGAGGCCCCCUGCCCUGUCCCCUGUGCAGCCGAGAGGGGGCCUGCUCCUGCCUGCCCCUGGAGCGGGGGGACGCCGUUGCUGGCUGGGGGGGCCACCCUGCUCUUGGCUGCCCCCAUCCCCCAGAGGACGACUCGUCCCUGCGGGCAGAGAGGGGCUCCCUAGCCGACCUGCCCCUGGCCCCCCCCCCCCCCCCCCCCCCCCCCCCCCCGCCGCCACCUCCCCGGGCCCCCGCGGACCCAGCCGUGUCCCCCGACCCUCCCUCGGCCGUGGCCAGUCCCGGCUCAGGCCUGUCGUCUCCGGGCCCCAAGCCGGGGGACAGCGGCUACGAGACCGAGACCCCUUUUUCCCCCGAGGGAGCCUUCCCAGGCGGGGGGGCAGCCGAGGAGGAAGGGGUCCCUCGACCGCGGGCUCCCCCCGAGCCCCCCGACCCGGGAGCGCCCCGGCCACCCCCAGACCCGGGUCCCCACCCACUGCCGGGGACCCGGGAGAAGCCGACCUUCGUAGUUCAAGUGAGCACCGAGCAGCUGCUGAUGUCCCUGCGGGAGGACGUGACAAGGAACCUCCUGGGGGAGAAGGGGGCAAACCCCCGAGAGACGGGACCCAGGAAGAUGGGGAGAGGCCUCGGGAACAGAGAGAAAGCCCAGGGCCCGAGCAGGGACCCCACAGUCCUGGGCAGCGGGAAGAAAGCCCCAAGCCCGAACAAGGACCCGAGCCUCCCCAUGAACGGGGUGACAGUGUUGGAGAACGGGAGACAGAGAGCCCUGGGCAUCGAGGAGAAGGUGGCGGAGAAUGGGGGCCCAGGGACCCCAGAGAGAGAAGAGAAAGUGCUGGAGAAAGUGCUGGAGAAUGGGGAGGUGACACCCCCAAGGAGGGAGGAGAAAGUGUUGGAGAAUGGGGAGCUGAGGUCCCCCGAGAGAGAAGGGAAUGUGCUGGCGAAUGGGGGGCUGACACCCUCAAAGAUCGAGGAGAAGGUGUCAGAGAAUGGGGGCCUGAGACUCCCCAGGAACACGGGGAGGCUGCCAGAGACUGGGCCUCGGAGAGCCCCAGGGCCCUGGGAGAAGGCGCCCGAGAGUGGGGUGCCAGCCCCAGAGACCUCGCUGGAGAGAGCCCCCGAGCCCGGCGCAGUGGCCUUGUCCCGGAACGGCGGGGAGACAGCCCCUGGCCCCACUGGCCCAGCCCCCAGGAGCGGGGUGCUGGAACCCGGGACCGAGAGGAGAGCCCCCGAGACUGGGGGGGCACCGAGAGCCCCCGGGGUUGGGAGGCUGGACCUCGGGAGUGGGGCCCGAGCCCCAGUGGGCAUGGGGAUGGCCCCCGGCGGCGGCCUCGGAAGCGGCGUGGACGCAAAGGCCGGAUGGGUAGACAGCACGAGGCCACAACCGCCCCCGCCCCCGCCGCCGCCGUCGGAAGCACAGCCGAGGUGGCCGGAGCCAGCGCCACAGAGAGCCAGGCCGGAGGUGGCCUCCUCCGAGGGAGAGCCCGGGGCCCCAGACAGCAGGGCCGGCGGAGACACAGCACCCAGCACAGACGGGGACCCCCCCAAGCCCGAGAGGAAGGGCCCCGAGAUGCCACGACUGUUCUUGGACUUGGGACCUCCUCAGGGGAACAGCGAGCAGAUCAAAGCCAAGCUCUCGCGGCUCUCUCUGGCGCUGCCGCCGCUCACGCUCACGCCGUUCCCGGGGCCGGGCCCGCGGCGACCCCCGUGGGAGGGCGCGGACGCCGGGGCGGCUGGCGGGGAGGCCGGCGGGGCGGGGGCGCCGGGGCCGCCGGAGGAGGACGGGGAGGACGAGGACGAGGACGAGGAGGAGGACGAGGAGGCGGCGGCGGCGGGCGCGGCGGCGGGGCCGCGGGGCCCCGGGAGGGCGCGGGCAGCCCCGGUGCCCGUCGUGGUGAGCAGCGCCGACGCGGACGCGGCCCGCCCGUUGCGGGGGCUGCUCAAGUCUCCGCGCGGGGCCGACGAGCCCGAGGACAGCGAGCUGGAGAGGAAGCGCAAGAUGGUCUCCUUCCACGGGGACGUGACCGUCUACCUCUUCGACCAGGAGACGCCAACCAACGAGCUGAGCGUCCAGGGCCCCCCCGAGGGGGACACGGACCCGUCAACGCCCCCAGCGCCCCCGACGCCUCCCCACCCCGCCACCCCCGGAGAUGGGUUUCCCAGCAACGACAGCGGCUUUGGAGGCAGUUUCGAAUGGGCGGAGGAUUUCCCCCCCCCCCCCCCCCCCGGCCCCCCCCUGUGCUUCUCCCGCUUCUCCGUCUCGCCUGCGCUGGAGACCCCGGGGCCCCCCGCCCGGGCCCCCGACGCCCGGCCCGCAGGCCCCGUGGAGAACUGA